UAUCUAGCCUAAACGUUAUCUGAAGAGAGAAUUUCGAGGAGCAUCAGGGUGUGGAGACGAUUCGAACACUCCUUAUUUUGUACACUGGUUUUUAUGAUGUGCUCUGCUUGAAGAGACGGAAGCCCUAUAUAUUUUUUGGGAACAUUGUUUCGCAUUUAUUAAAAAGUAGAAGUUGGACUUCGUGGAUUUCUAACGUAACGUAUUAUAAGGUGAUAGAUAACACAGCAACAGUUCUCUGUACAAUAUAUAAUGGCGGUGCCAUUGUAUAAUCCGCCUGUCCCUUUUUUGGGAGGCAUUGAUGGAAGUAUGCGACCCGGAAAAAUGGUGAGAAUUCAUGGUUCUGUGCCACAUUCGGCAGACAGAUUUGUUGUCAACUUAAGGUGUGGACCCUACGACCAACACGAUAUUGCUCUCCACCUAUCAAUUCGCUUUCCUGAAAGUGUAGUAGUCAGAAACAGCUUAAUUGAUUCACGAUGGGGUCCAGAGGAGAGAUUUGGUGGCAUGCCAUUUUCAAGGGGUUUAGGAUUUGAGCUUCUGAUUUUGUGUGAUCCUAAUCACUUUAAGAUUGCAGUGAAUGGUGUACAUUUCACAGAGUACAUACACCGCACACCGUAUGAGAGAGUUACCCACCUACAAAUCCACCAGGACGUCCAGCUCAGCCUGAUACAGUGGGAGGGUGGCAGCAUCUCGGCAGGUGCUCCAUUGACCCCAGGCUUCGUGAUCCCACCACCAGGUGGCGGCCCACCACCACCCUACCCCGGGCACGGUGGUCAUCCAGGCUACCCCGGGUAUGUCGCUCCUCCUGGCCAUCUGCCACAACCACCCGCAUAUCCUGGUGCCCCCCCUGGCUAUGCCCCUCCUCCACCAGGCUGCCCACCACUACCACCUGGAUAUUCGCCUCAAACACUUGGAUACAAUCAAUACCCAGCACAUAAAAGUUCAGGGGGGCUGUUAGAUAAAGCAAAGUAUGCUAUUGCAGGAACACUUGGAACUGGUGGUGGACAUGGGCCAGGCACAGGCUCAUUGUUGGGUGCCGGCCUGGCAGGAGCAGCUCUUACAGGACACCUAAGUCCGAAGAAGGCAGCAAAAUCAAAUAAAAAAGCCUAUAAGAAAGCUCUGAAGUAUGGAUUGCCGAUAGCUGGUGUUGGGAUUGGUGCAUAUGCUGCAAAGAAGGCGUUCCAUGGCUUCCAUUCAAGUUCCUCCUCCAGCAGCUCUAGCAGUGAAGAAGAAUAGUGCCAUCUGCUUGGAAGUGCAUUGUGUAACGUGUGUUAACUGGUUAUUUAAUGUCUAUAUAUAACAUGUUGUUGCAUUUCAGUGUCUCAGUAUUCCCGCAGGAACCUGUUUCCAUAUUAAUGUGUAAUAUAUCUGUAGACUUGUAAAUAUGUUGAGUACCAAAUAAAUUUGUAGCCAUGGUAUUUUUGAACCAAAA